AUGGGAGACGUCAUACUAUACGUUUGGAGGGCUUGCAUCCUUGGCCAAUUGAUUCAGUACGUACCUAAUGAGCGACACCCUGCAUGUGCUGAUUUCAUCAAGGGAGAGCUUCUGCGACAAGCUAUUCCAGGGGAAGCUUCUCCAUGCGUUGAUCAAAAGUCCUCGAACUGUACUGGAUAUAAGAACCGGAGUUGGUCACUGGGCGAUGGAAUUCGGCCUCUGGAAAACGUCCAAUCCAUUGUCGAUAGCUUCCUCAGACCACUCUGGCAUCAAGCCUAUGAUAAAGUUGAUCUUAUUCAUAUAGGGGAGCUGCACGGAGAUGUCCAGCUCUUGAGACAGCUCUUGAUGGGGGCGUAUGAUGUUCGGUUUGACGAUCCAAACGGGGAUACAGCUCUCCAUCGGUUAUAUCGUGAUAUGAGUAGCGCGUAUGAAAAGUCGGGUCGCUGCUUGGACCUUCCUUCAAAGUAUGCAUCAGAGGUAAAGCGCCGCGGGUUUGUUCACGUGGCAGAAAGGGCCUACGCCCUUCCUUUGACCACCAGUGGCAACAUUGCUCUGUUGAACGAUAUCAUUGCAAACUGGGCCGACGGGUUCGAAGCAUACGGUUUAGAGCUUUUGGUGACGGAGCUUGGAAAGCGGCACCUGGAAAUCUUCUCUGGUUAUGCGUCUGCCCGCCAAUCACUGCGAAAAGGGGUGGAUGGAUAUCUAGAAAUCCAGAUGGUAGCGGAGUCCUUGGCUUCUUAA